AUCAGGGCACAUCACGUGGAGUAGAAUCCCGCUGCCGGGAAUGAGAUGCCUGCAGACAUGCUCCCGAGUGACUGUGCCUGCAACUUACUUCACGCUGCAUGUUGUGGUGAUGGGGCGGGACAUUGCAAGAAGCACAUGCUCUUGUGGUGAAUUGUUGGGCGCACAGCUUAGCGGUGGAGAUGCCUUUAAUAACUGCACUGGCUGGUUCACUCGAUUUGCUUGACUCUUGUAGCUGGCAAUGACGUUGGUGCAGUGAUCGAGCCGCUGCCGUGGACACAUGCAGCGGCAGGUUGAACAGGCAGCAGGCUGCUGGCUGAUGGACCGCACCAGGGCAGUAGCAGCAACGUCUGGGCACGCACAAAGCCUUUGAGCCGUGAUUUUUAACAACAACCGGGGGCGUCCCUCUAGCCCUGCGUGCUGCAGCGGAGAUUUUGAGGACAGGAGCGAAAAAAAAAAGCGCAGGGGGAAGAUGGUGCAGUAAUAAGGAACACAUGGGGACUGUGCAUCAGACAGGCGAGCGUUAGGGCAACAACAAAAAAAAGAAGAUAAUGAACGGAGAUUUCCAAAAUACAUCCCAUCAGUCUGGUCGCUGGGUGGCCCAGACAGGCGAGAACACCUCGGCAGCCGUUGCCUCGGUGGUCCCGUUCUCGGAGAGCGUCAAUCCUUGGGAUGUGGUCCUUUGCACCUCGGGCACUGUCAUCUCCUGCGAGAACGCCGUCGUGGUGGUGACCAUCCUGAACAGCCCGAGCCUGCGUGCCCCAAUGUUCGUGCUGAUCGGUAGCCUGGCCGUGGCUGACCUGCUAGCGGGCGUCGGCCUCAUCGCCAACUUCGCCUUCGCCUAUCUGCUGCAGUCGGAAGCGGCCAAGCUGCUCACCGUGGGGCUGGUGGUCGCCUCGUUCUCCGCCUCCAUCUGCAGCCUCAUGGCCAUCACCAUUGACCGCUACCUCUCGCUUUACUACGCCUUGACUUACAACUCGGAGCGCACGGUCACUUUCACCUACAUCAUGCUGGUCGUGCUCUGGGGGGUGUCCAGCUGCUUGGGAUUUUUGCCCGUCCUGGGCUGGAACUGCCUGAAAGAUGAGUCCACGUGUAGCGUCAUCAAGCCCCUGACGAAAAACAACGUGGCCGUGCUCUCGGUCUCCUUCCUGCUCAUGUUCGCAAUGAUGCUCCAGCUCUACAUCCAGAUCUGUAAGAUUGUCAUGAGACACGCCCAUCAGAUCGCCUUGCAGCACCAUUUCCUGGCCACGUCCCACUAUGUCACCACCAGGAAAGGGGUCUCUACCUUAGCCAUCAUACUGGGCACCUUCGCUGCCUGCUGGAUGCCUUUCACCGUUUACUGCUUAAUAGCGGACUACACCUACCCCUCCAUCUACACCUAUGCCACCCUCCUACCAGCCACUUACAACUCCAUCAUUAACCCUGUCAUCUACGCCUUCCGAAACCAGGAGAUCCAGAAGGCGCUCUGGCUUAUCUGCUGUGGAUGUAUCCCUCCCAAUAUCUUACUCCGAGCACGGUCCCCUAGCGACGUAUAAUGAGUUGGUAAAGGGACCACUUUCAAGAGAGGGGAAAAUCCAGUACGAUUUCUCAGGCAAUUCCCCUUAGCACCGUAAUUUAUGCCACUCCCAUGCAUCUUAUAACUUUGAUCUUCAGGUAAAUUCUCGGGGGCUGGGGAACCUCCUCUCACUGGCGCUGGAACGAGAUCCCCGAAGAUGUUACAAAAUGAAUGUGCUGGCAGGGGUGACCUCCUUGGUUUCUUUUUCUUUAAAUGUCAUUCACUAGCAUUACCUAGCUUUAAGAUACGAAGAUUAACAGGUUACUGUGGUUAACGUUUCCGUGUUGCUGAUGUUUUAUGUAUCUUACGUUUUUAUGGGGGAAGGUGUCAUUAGUAUUUUCAAUUACUUGGAGACAGCCCACUCCAUUAGUAAUCAAUACGAAACUUUUAUUAAUGUCAUUGUCCAUAUAGACAGCAAUACUGUAAGAAAUCACUACAUAUUCACCAGGACUUUCAACAUCUUGAUGUUUGACUGUGAACGGUAGUGUUACUAAAAUAUAGUAGAUUGCCAAGGUGAUGCAUAAUGCUUUCAAUAAGUGGACGUUUCAAAGACAAAAUCACAUUAUCAAUAAGCUUGAAUAUUUUAAGUAUAUCUUAGUCUCAGAAUAGUUUCAGUAAGUGAGCAUCAUAACACUAUACUUGAUAUAUGAAAUCGGUUGAGUUUCACUUUGUUUUCUAAUUCCUUUGACUAUAGCUUUCGGCAUUUAACCAUUCAAAACAAUAAUUAAACUUUUGGAGGUCCGUUUGUGGGAAGGGGGCACUUCUUAAAAAAACAAAGAAUCUUGAUUUGCCACCAUAUAAUUUCAUUGUUAUCAAUAUACAGUGUAGUUUGAUAGAGAUCAUAUAUCAACUCAAUAAAUAAAUUACAUGAUAUUUUAUCAAUUAUCAUGUGCACUAAGCCUUGUGGUUUGAUGCCAGUGAAUAAUUUGUAUCCUAAACAGCCAUUGUGUAAUGUCGAUAUAUUUUAAAUAACUUAAAGGCAUUGAGUAAGUUACACUGUCAUAUUUGCAUUUGAAUAUAUUACCCAAGCUAAACUUGAAUCCACAAAAUUUACAUAGGAAUUCUAAUCCCCUGUAGAUUGUAUCAAGAUCAUAAUUUUCUAAACUAAUCUGAAUUCUAUAAAAAGAACCAGCAUGUAUCAUGCAACAUGACAAAAUGCAUUUAAAAACCACAAAAAUAUUAUUAAGUCACUUUACUGCACUUUACUUUAUCUCACUGAUAUUGGCUCCUUGGCACUUCACAAUUCAUGUCGUUUGCAUUCCUAGAAUAACUGUAGCAUUUUCCAUUUUUGAACAAUUGAAAAUUGGCAGCAACAAUUACUUUUUAAAGUAAGUAGUGUACGUGCGAGGUUGUAAAUAGUGUUUGUGAGUACAUGAAAGACUUAUAUCUCACCUGACAGCUCAUGUCAGGGUGAGAAGUUAGCUGUUGUCUAUUUGUAGCUGUCAAAAUGCAACUGAACAAUACAUGUAAGAAUAUGUUGUUGUGUAGAAGUGUGUGUUUUAUAAUAUAAUAGUGAAAUGCACUUUAUUUUAGCAAAAAUGGCACAAUCAUGUCAUAUAGAAAAAGAAA